AUGGAAAAUACACUUUUUUGGAGAAAAUUGCAUGAUGCACCCAGAUAUCUGAAAAAUCCAAGUCCUCAAUCAAACAUGGCUGUUCGAACUAACAGAGCACGGCCCCCGGCCCAGCUCCAGUCUCGGUACAGCCAACUCCCCAACAUCAACACACCACGAGAUGGACAGCUGGUCCCCAUUCAGGCCCGCAAGUCCAGUCCAGGGUACCUCAAUUCCGUUGACAAUGAAAGUGACGAACGUCUUAGACAGAUGGAGGUACGGCUCUCGGUGGCAGAAAAGUCCAAUCGAGCUCUCCUGGAGGAGGUUUUACGACUUCAAGGGGACAUAAAAUCAUCUUCGCGUAGGAAUGAAGACAUCCUUAGGGAUGAAAGAAACUCCAGACAGAAUCUGGAGUCUGCCAUUAAAAUAAGCAAUGAACUCAUAUCUCAGCUAGGAACACGAAUCAAAGAUGCAGAAGAAAAAUUACAAGACGAAAAGUCUGCAUUGUCUUCCCUUGUCAAUCACACAAAAGGUGUGGAACAAGCCGUGAAGAGCAGUCAGAAUGAGCUUCUAACCAAGAGAGAUCUUCAGUCAUCCAAGAUAUCAGAAAUGCGUGUUGACUUGGAUGAAGUUUUACAAGCAAAGUCCCAACUAGAGCGAGUCGCCUUCCAGCUAGCUGAUGACAUCCGUGCCUUAAAAAUGAAGGUGGAAUCACAAGCCUCGGACUUUUCUACAGUAUCUGGGGAUUUAAAAAACAAAUCUAAGAAAUUAGAGGAUGAAAAUCGAGCACAGGAAGAGCAGCUGGAUGCCCUCAGAAAACAUACCUCUUUACAGUCCCAGUCUGAACAGCAGGCCAAUCUCCUUAGAGGCCAGGUAGAAACAAGAUUGACAGAACUACGCGAUGUCUUGGUGGAUGUACGAUCAAAACAGGAAAAUGAAGUUGUUGAACGUCGAUCACUUGAACAAAAUAUGCAACAAAAAAUCAACGAGCUACAGCAGUCUCAAGCAGAGGCAAACCGAAAGAGAGAGGAGACUGUCCAUUCGAUGGACAUGGUGCUACGUGAACGCGAACAUGCCACACAAGCUGACCGACUGGCCCUGACUACCAAGGUUGCUGACACAGUGGAGGACCUCAACAAGAAAUUAAUGGAGAAAGACAUUAAAAUUAGAGGGGAGGUCCAAGACAGAUACCUCCAAUUAGAACGGGUCCUUCAGCAAGACCAGAGUAACCGUCGCGAGUAUGAACGGGCCACGCGUGACGAACUGGAGAAGAGACUUGUCACACUGAAGAAGGUUCAAGAUGAACAGGCUGUCGAGAUUAAAGAACUAAUGAAGACUGAGAAAGGGAAGACGAAAAACACUCUAGGAAAGCUAGACGACUCCAUUACCAUUCUUGAGAAACAGGUGUUAGAGACUAAAAAGUCUUUUGAGAAGGUUAUGGCAGCUGAGAUCAGUCAAAGGAAGAUACAUGAAAGAGACACCACAGAAAAAAUUGGCAGUGUCAAUGAAAAACUGCAGAUAGCGACCUCUACACUGCAGCAGUCUAUAGGGGGAAUAACUCACACCACUAACAACCAGCAUGACAAACUUCGCCGGGAAAUGCGUACCUUGUUAGCUGAACAGAAGGAGGGUGCAACCAGGAGUCUUACUGACCUGGAUGCCAGAAUGAACUUCACGAAAAAUCGAAUGAAUGAUUUGGAAGAGAAACUGGAAGCUAAAGUGGCCUCUUCUAUUGCUAAGAAUGAAGAGGAGGCUGAACAGCGAGAGGCAUCACAAAAUCUGGCCGAAAGUUUACGUGAGAAAGUGGAUACAAUAUCAGCCUGGCAGGACCAAACCGGUCAGACAAUUAAAGAGUUGAGUUUAGGAGUACAGCGACUUCCUGAGGAGAUAUACAGUAUACAGGAAAAACAGACAUUGAUGAAGUCAGAGUUGAAUUCUAGAAUGACAGCAGAGGCAGACUCCAGGAUAAGAGAAAUAGAGAACCUGAAACAGGAAGUACAGAUGUUGAAGAUGAAGCGAGAACCUAAAGCAGCCACUAUAUCUGAUAUAGAAAAUGUACAAGCCAGUGUUCGUCGUUUGGCAGAUUCAAUCCAAACAGUGAAGACAGUUCUUGGCAUGAAGAUACAAUCAGAACAAAAACUGAGAAUUGAUGGUUUGGAAGACCUCCAAACUCAAAUACAGCAAAUAAAAGUGAAUGCAGGGAUGCCUAGUUACCGUGGUCACCCAGAGUACCUUCAGGGUGAUAUGGGCUAUAACUGGGAUGACCAGGACAAUCAGUAUGGCUAUGGGAGUAAGGGAGGUUACCAGGACCAUCCCAGUAGUCAGUAUGGUUAUGCUGGCAGGGGUAAAGGUGGUUAUGCACAGGAUGAUGAGAAUCACCCAACAGAUCGAUCUGACAUGAAGACGAGAGGAGGAACGCGUGACUUUGAUACAGGUUAUGGGACAGCAACAGACAAUGGUUAUGGCACAGCGACUGGAACAGGAUACGGGACAGCUACAGACACACAGAUGGGUAUGAUACCAGAGGAUAAGGAGUCGUACAAUAAAAGUCCUGUGCCUAGUACAGGCAGCGCUGAACAGUACAAUGGGAAAACAACUCCCAAACAAUCGAAAACUGCACAAGGUGGUGUCUCACCCACCAAUGGUGUUAACUCAAAUCCUCCGUCCCAGAGAAAUACGCCCAACCGCAGUCGUAAUAACACUCCAGGAGGGACAAAAGCCAAAACACCUUCACAAAGUCGUACAAACACUCCAGGAGGAACUAGUGUUAAGGGUAAAACAAACAACAAGUCUCGACGAAACAGUCAGGACUCUACAGCCACAGAGACCGCGAGGGGACCCGGUCUGGCAGAGGUGUAGAAGACGAUGUAACAGUUGAUGGUCUGUAUGGAAAGCUAAAUGGAUGUAUAUCUUGUGGCAAAUACGUGCCAGAAAAAAAAACUCUAGUCUUGGAGUUUAUCGUCCCAAGAAUCCAAGACCUCUUUCUAACUCAUCAGAGAGGUCUGACACAGGGGAGACAACCUCUAGAAGCUAGUUCCACAAUUCCCCGUGUGAAGUGGGUUGUCAGGUCUCUGUUGAAUUUUGAUCGGUUAGAAGUACACUGGUUACAAGGUCACCAUCAAUAUUCAGUUUCUAAAACAAAGCU